AUGACACAACAAGGUGACUUACGCUACCAACUACCAACUCCGCAAGACAGUCAGUUAUUGGCUGAUAUCGGCCAAGCAAUAGCGAAACGGACACAAACUGAUGAGAACCCAGAUCGGUACUCCGGAGGGACGUACGCCCAAGAAGACUUUGACAUCUCUGGACAUGUGGAAACGGCGAAUAUGGAUAAUGCAGCGAAUGACAAUCAACAACAAGCUCUCACAGAAGCAAUGACACCACUUAAUAUCCUAUCUCAACAACUAGGCAUCCAGGAGUCUCAGUCCGACUUGCAUAAUCUGCGCUCUAUGGUUCCCGAAUCACUCGGACAAAAGACUGCUGAAGAAUCAAACAACAAUUCAACGUCGAAUACGGCUUAUGUCACGCUUCGAGAUGUUGAACGUGAGAGCGGGUCACGCGACUUUGAAACUAGUUCGCCCUUUGAACGUGAGGCUAUUCAAGUGGUGGUCGACAAUGUAUCGUUGCAUGCCAAUAGUACUGCGGAACUAGCAAAUAAUAACCAUUCAACGUCUGAUGGAAACGUUAUCAAUGAUGGACAGCAGCAAGAGCUCCCUGAACUCGGAGGUGAUGAAAAGACGACGGAAUCACAAAUUUCGAUUAGUAAAUCUCUCCAAAUGCAGGGUCACUACUAUCAACGGAUGGCAGACGCUUUUGCGAACAUAGAAUUUGUUAGAUUGGAGCCAGGCAGCGAUGAUGACAAACCUGUAUCAGCACGGCUUAGAAAAAGGGAAAGUUAUCCACAGUAUCGCGAAGUAUUAUACUCGACACGUAGGCACAAAGGAAAAAGAAAAAAGACAGGAAGAAGCCGGAGUACAAGUGUCGCAAGCAUGGACUCACGCGGAGAAUCGAAUAUUUCAACAAACAAUCCUUCACAAAGAAGUCGUAGCGCGAGUGUUGAAAGCACGGCGUCGCGCGAAGAACCACAAAUUUCAAUUCCCAAGCGUCGUCCUCGCAGAGGCCGCAGUACGAGUGCAUUAUCACGUGAAUUAAUAAUAUCAUCACCAAGGCGUCGUCUGCGAAGAAGUCGUAGCGUCAACGUUGUAUCACGUGGAAGUUCAACACCAAAGCGUCGUGCUCGUAGAAGUCGUAGUGUCAACGUUGUAUCGCGUGAAGUUUCAACUCCAAAGCGUCGAGGUCGCAGCGUCAACGUAUCACGUGAAGUUUCAACACCAAAAAGUCUCAAGCGUCGUCUGCCAAGAAAUCGUAGUAAUAGCGCUGCAAGCACUUCUAGGAUUGUUAAACGUCCACGAGGAUCUACGUCGAUUCGUGGGAAGCGUAGGGCGCGUGCUAAUAAAAGAUCAACAGAACUGACGUCUCUGGAAGAACAGGUGGAAGAAGGGACUGCUUCUAGGGAAGAUACAAUUGACGAAGAUUCACAUGACAUUAAUGACAGAUCUGCUCCUGAAACAAUAGAAGAACAAUCUGAUGGACGAAAUAGCCUUCAAGAAGAUGAUACUGAUGGUGAAAGUGGUAGUAUUGAAUUGAAAUCGGCACGCAGUUCACGUGGUAGAUUAAGAGGUGCUCGGCGUGGUCGAGGUGGUCGAAGAAGUGCGAGCACUCCUAGAGUUGCCAGACGUUCUCGAACACCGGCAACACGCGGGAGGCGCCCGCGCCGUGCCAAUAGUAAUAAGUUGACAUCUGCAGAAGUACAGACAGAAGAAGAGGCUGUCUCCAAGGAAGAUACAGUUAACGAAGACUCGCAUGAUGUCAAUAACAAAUCUGCGUCUGAAACGAUGGAUGAACAUAGUAGCUUCCGAGACGAUGACAGUGAUAAUGAAAAUAGUAGCGUUGAACUGAAGUCAGUACGCAAUCCACGUGGUAGAGUAAGAGGUGCUCGACGUGGUCGAGGAAGUCGAAGGGGUGCGAGCACUUCUGGAGUUACCCGACGUUCUCGAACAUUGUCAACUCGUGGGAAGCGCGCCCUCCAUGCUAAUAGUAAUAAGUUGAUUUCUGCCGAAGAGCAGACGGAAGAAGGGACUAUCUCCAAGGAAGAUACAGUUGACGAAGAUUCGCAUGAUGCUAAUAACAAAUCUGCGUCUGAAACGAUGGAAGAACAGUCUGAUGAACAUAGUAGCUUCCAAGAAGAUGACAGCGGUAGUGAAAGUAGUAUUGAAUUGAUGUCGAUACGCAGUCCACGUGGUAAGGGAAGACGCGGUCGAGGAAGUCGAGGGGGCCGAGGUCGGGGAAGUCGUAAAGGAGGGUCACCGGUUGGGCGAAGCUUAUCUCCGAGUAUAUCUCCGGAUGUGGUCGAAUUGAUUGUGGAAAAUCCUAUGAAUCCUAUAGCUCUUGAUGUUGAGAGCACUUCCACAGUUGUCAGACGUUCUCGAACGUUGGUCACUACCACAUCGACGCGUACAUUGCGUGCUAAUAAUAAAUCAAAAAGGCAGACAGCUUUGGAAGAGCAAGCGGAAGAAGGGGCUAUUUCCAAGGACGAUACGGUUGACGAAGACUCGCAUGACGUUAAUAGCAAAUCUGCGUCUGAAACAAUAGAAGAAAGACCCGAUCGACAGAAUCGCUUCCAACGGGAUGACAGUGAUAGUGAAAAUAGUAGUAUUGAAUUGAAGUCGAUACGCAGUCCACGUGGUAGGGGAAGGGGGGGAAAUCGUGGCCGAGGCAAUCGUAAUCGAGGUAGGGGGGGCCGUACGGGAGAAUUACACCUCAAACAAAGUCUGUCCCCAAGCUUACCUUCGGAUGUGGUCGAACUGAUUGCGGAGAAUCCUACAGUUCUUGAAAACGCAGUAAAGGCCUUGGCAUCCACUAAUUACGAUUUGCUUGGAAGUACGACUCCGAUUGCUAGUCCAUCGACGCCGUCAAGCGAUAGAGCACGUAGUCCCAACCGAUACCGAAUGACACCUCGGUCGCCGACUCCAUCCUUUAAUUAUGCCUUUGAUCGUAGUGCUAGUGCUAAUUCUAGUCCUACGCCGAGUGUUGGACGUAGUUCGCCGACAAGUUCGAGGACGUGGACUGACAUUCAUUGGAAGCAGUUGAAGAUUUUGUACAGAGAGACAAGGAUAGCAUAUAUUCGAUCAGGAAAAGAAGUUAUUGGGAAUACAGAAUUUUAUCAAGCGGUUGCUAACAAGUUUUGCGAGUUGGAUUCGCGUAACCUCUUAUUUUUACGGGACCUGAAAGUUCGUGUAAAGAGUAUAGAACGAGCGGAAUUGUCCCGUAACACCGAGCGAAGGGAUAGCAUGGAUAGUACUAUAUCAUAUAAUAGUGUUAAUCUGUUUAAUAGAGAAUAUUCUAAUCUAAGGGAAGGAAGUCCCGCGGGGACACCCAAAAAACGAAAAUUGAGCGAAAUUGAUUCGACUUCUGAGACGCAGAAUGCCGAAGACGAAGAUCAACACAAACGAAAAAAGGUAUACGAAACUCCAACGCGGCUGUCUAGCUUUAUUAGUAAAUGGUUUGGAGAUCGGUGGACGUCUCCAAGCGGUAGUCAAGUGCAUUCACCUGUUAUCGGCGAAGAUGAGAAUGAAGUAAACACGUCGGAACUGACACAAUCACCUACCCCGAGUAAGAAUCCUAAAGACUAA